CGUCGAUCUCAUCAGUGAUGUGGUGGGGGGCCACACCAACGUGGCCAUACCCAUGGGGAGUACCCCACGGACUAUUGAUGACCCCACCACCACCACCACCACCAACACACCCGCCACAGGAGCGGACAAGACCUCCUCGAUGGCAACGAGCAGGGCGCGGGCGAAGAAGGGGCCGCGGAGGGCAGCACAUAAGAGGAAGGGGCCGCGGAGGGCAAAAUAUUACAUAA